AUGUCAAAAACAGAUUUAAAUUCACUUUCUCUUAAAAAGAAACAAAUUAAUGUAUUAAAAGAAAGAUUUAGUCAUACAAUAGAAGUUGAUAAAGAUUCUACAUUUAAAAUACCAUUUUUAGGAAUUCAUUUAUUAAUAUCAUUACCUGUAGAUUUCCCAAAUUCACCACCAGCAUAUUUUUUAGAAAUUCUUCAAACACAUCAACCAAUUUCAUUACCAUCCAGUUUUAAAUGGACCCCAAUGAAUAGUUUAGCGUCAGUUACAAUACAAAUUAUGGAACCUUAUGUUAAAGAUAGUAAAGGUUUAGAAAAUUUAAUAGAGCAAGUUAGAAGACAACAAAUUUUGCAACAAAAUAUACAACAACAACAACCACCACCAACACUACAAACACAACCACAAAGAAGUAAUAGUGUAUCAUCACCAUCAUCACAAUAUUCACCACCACCACCAUAUAAAGAUCAACCAUCAUCAGGAGUAAUAUCACCACCAACACCAAACACACCACAGAGAAGCAAUAGCGUCUCAACCACUAACUCGGUACAACCAAACAACAGUAUUAAAAUACCAUCAAUACCAAUCGAAUUUUUAGAAUUAAAGAGCAAAUCAAUCCAAGAAUUAGAAGAACUCAUCAACAAUGAGGAUUCAAUGAAUGCAUUUACAUAUUCUUUUGAUGAUGUCAGCGAACUGUCUGAUCAAAAAUCCAAAUUACUUUCAGAGAAUGAAAGACUAACCAAAAUCAGCGACCCUUUACCAAACGAAAUCAAACAAUUAAAAGACGAAAUCGAAACUAAAAAAAUAUUUUUUGAAGAAUUAAACAAACAAAACUUAUUUUUACAAAACAAAAAAAAGGAAAUCUCUGACAGAUACUCUCAAAAUACUCUUUUGGAUAAACUCAAUGACUCUAUUGGUGAAUUGGAAUUAGAAUCUGAUGAAAUAGUACACUCUUUUCUUAAUGACUCAACUUUAGAACUAAAAGAAUUUAAAAAACAAUUUAAAGAAAAAAGAUCAUUAUAUCAUUCAAAAUGUGCAAAUAGAGAAAAUUUAAUGGGACAUUAA